AUGGAUGAAGGCCGGAUUUACGUUCGAGUUACAGGAAAGGCAAUUUCAAAGAAAGAAUUAGAAAUUUACUUCCAAUCUCGCAAGCAGUCUGGCGGUGGAGACAUCCGUUCCAUCGAACAGAUCAAUGAUGAAGAGUCCAUCAUUACAUUUGAAGACCAGGAAGGUAAAUUCUUUUACUUAUCUACACUCUUCACUUAAUUUUUGGGAGGAUGAUGUAUCAUCAAACAGUAAAACUUUCUUCUUUUGCAAACAAGGAUAUUGAGACAGCAUCAAACUGCUCGCUUUCCUUCUUUUUCGUUGGCUUCCGGUUUCACUUUUCAGCGUUUUAUUCCUAAACAAAUUUGCUCGACAUAUUUUUAUAGUUACUAGUUAUUUUCCUUCCUUAGUGCUUCAAAAUGUGUAUGUUCUUGAAUUUUCUUAGUAUUUGAAACACCCGUUUUUUAGAAGACCUACGACAAUUUACUCUAUUCAUUGUCGUCUGUUUGACGAUACCUUUUAAAUUCCAAGAAUUCACAGUCUCUGACGUAUUUUAGGUUUAUAUUUAUCUGCCUGCAGAGAAAACAACUGUUCCUUUCAUAAAAUAAUCUUAUUCACGCAUAUAAGCACAUUUUAAAACUUGAUGAAGGAAAAAAAUCCUUCAGCAUACACGUGAUCUAAACAAAAGUCCAAAGGUAAAAAAGCCAAUUUAAAUAAUAGAGCCGAAAGAAGUUGUGGAAUAUGCAAAACAUUUUAGGCAUCAUACUUAAUGAACCGUCACGACAUUCAGAUAUUUCCAGAAACAACAAUUAUUUGCACUUUGUCCCCUUCGAAUUAUUAAAGCAGUAACAAGCUGAAACUGAUAUGCAUAACUUCACAACCCCACACGAUUUUUAAAUUUCAAAGAACAAAUUUCCCUUUUGCUUUUCAACCGAAAUAAAGAAAAAAUUGCGUAGCUGGUUGUUAGAAAAAACAACAUUCGAAGGCUUGUUGAAGCCACAAAGAUGCAGAAUAGGCUAUUUGCACGUUGACGUCUUUUUGGUACUGAGACCAGGAUUCACUUCGUUUAUUCUUUCAUAUUUAAAUUUGGUAAUCAGUCCAGUGAGGUUUAAAUAACAAAAUCCCUAAUUUAUACAAGAAAGCAAUUCCCUGAUGACUUAUGGUAGCAGUAGUAAAAUGACGCCAUCAAAAAAACACCUCAUACUCCUUUACGUCUUUAAUUAUUUGAUAGAAAACAGCCCAUUUUGUUAUAUGCCUCUCUCUUCAGAGCACUAAAUUAAUUUCCCUUAAUCACGCAGCUCUCCUGGACUCUUUUCUUUCAUUUAUAAAGGAUGGAGUUGUAAAUAAGUUUUCGUAAUGACAGCUGACAAUUUCUUUUUUGGUCUUGGCAGUUGCUAAAAAUGUGGCACUCAGAACACAAACCAGAACACAUACCAUUAACGGAGCACAAGUCGAAGUCUCUAUUGUUCCGUUCAGCGGAGAGGACUCUGGAUUAACAACAAAUCAGGUCUACAGUUUCUAAGAUUAAAAAGUCCUUUAGAAACAGUCAAUAUUUUACAAUAUUUUUUGAAAAGCAGUGUGGAUUUAUUUGCAACAUAUAUAGUUAUAGGGUGGAAAUAAUAGGUCGAGAAAGCCCAUUGAUCUCCCUUGUUAUAUGUUUAUACCUUACGGACGAAAGGUGCAGAACGGUCUAUAGCAUUCUAUUUCUAUUAUUUUGAUCCCAUAGGCGAAAAUUUGUUUGCACUUUUUGCCUCAUCAACCCUUUAAACCCUAAGAUCAAAAUUUGAAUUCUCAUUGGUUGCCCCCAUUUAUUUCCUACAGAAGUAGUGGGGAGAAGUUGAUAACAUGUCAAGCAAAUUCAUCUUGUGUGAUCAUGUCCGUAAUUCUCAUGACCACUCUGGUUUACAAAGCAUUGAUAUUACAAUGAGAAAUUUGAUGCUGAUCACUCUUAGGGCUUAAAGGGUUAACAUAUGCUUAUCACUAUCUGAUGAUGCUAAUAAAAUAAAAACUCUCAAUAUAUAGAAAGGGCAUAAAAGUUUUAGUUAUCUCUGAAAAUUUGAACCCAAUUGCAAUACAAAGUUUACAGAGAAUGUAUGGCUCAUUAACUUUUUUGCCACACAGCAAUUUCGCAGUUUUUGAUGGCUGAUAUUUCCUUCAAUAUUGCUUGCAAAGAGCUGAAAAUUGCACAAAUUUCUCAACUUAAUCAGCUCUUUUAACUUCUGCAUUUAGUUCAAAUAUACGGCCAUCUUCUAUGAGUUAAGUCGUAUGCUAAUGACGAAAAAUGCAAACAAUGACGUCAGCAGAGAUUCGCCUAUUGACCAGUGAAAUGUCGCAUUAAUUUAUUAAGUCACAAUAAUUUGUCAUGGAACUUCCAACAUAAACUGCUGCACGGUUGUUUUUAUCUUUGACGUUUGCCGCCUUUCAUAACCAGUCUCCUAUGUUUGCAUUGUCUGCGUAUGGCCGACUCAUCGUGCACUGGAAUUUUUAAUUGUUUUGGGCGGUAAAAACAAUGAAAAAUUCCAACGGGCAAAUGCGACAGCUAUAAGCGUAUAAUGCUGAAAGUGUUUCGAUACAGUUUUUCCGGAGACCAUACCGUUAUUUUUCAAUCUCCUUAAAAAUGAUUUUAUCCUUGUCCGAAUUUCACCACUGACGGACUUUGGAUUAAAGUUUGUCAAAAUCUAGUUUUAAGUCAAAUCGAUAUCACUAUGGCAACAAUAAACAAAAAAAUUUAAAAUCAAUAAAAACCGAAUUUUGCGCGAUAGACCUGCUACUAAAAAUCCGACACUAGGAACUUAAAGUGUAGUGUUCAGCAAAUAACCUUCGUGAGAAGUAAAAAAAUUCUGUAUGUUUGAAUUCAAAGCUUUAGUAUAUUUUAAACCUCAUAUUUUCAACUAACCUGUUUUCGCACCCCCUGUCUAAGUGCAACUUAGUCUAAAUUUGACUUUUAGCGUUUUUCUAUAUUUCUCUAGAACGGCUCGACAGAAUUUUUUUUCAACCUCAUCACAUAAUCUUCACGAUGUAUAUAAUUAUGACUGAAACUUUCAUUAAGAUUGAUCCACUGAGUCAGAAAUGCUGCUUAAUAUCACAUUUUGCUUCUUGGAAAUUUUGGUGUAGUUUCUUUCUUGCGAUCUUCCUGCAAACUAACCUGUUUUUGACCUUUAGCGUUUUUAUGUAGAUCUGUCGGAUUUCGACUUUAAUUGAUUUUAUUGUUGUCAUAGUGAUAUUGAUUUUACUUAAAAUGGCAUUUUGACAAACGUCAAACCAUAGUCAAUCACUGGUGGAAAUUUCAUAGCCAUCGGAAGAGGAUAAAAUCACUUUUAAGGCGAUUGAAAUUAUCGGUAUGGCCUCCGAAAAACUGUAUCAAAAUACCUGAAAUAGGCCAUUUCCGCGUUGCCCCAAGCAUUUGUUUCAAAGCGAGGCUAAGAGCGGAGCCAUUGAUAUCAAAAUGGUUUUUUUAAAUUCUCAAGAAAAUAAAACUCGUUUUGACAUGAAAGGUUUUGCACUUAGCCUAAGUUUUGAAAGUGAGAAUUUGUGGAUCUCGGAAAUGGCCUGUAAUUAAUCCAGCCGAAAUAUCGGUGAAAAUAAAAGUAUUAUUCAUUUUUUCUUCUUUUUUUUGACAAACUGAUCGCGCCCAAAAAAAACGACAAAUCAAGUUGGAUGGAGGCAAUUACAUUGUAAAACAUUGUAAUAACAUUACAGCAAAAAAAAAACUAAGGUUUUGAAGGCGGAAAGCCGGAAUGAAAGGAAGUUCGGACACACAAAGGCGACAAUGCAAAAUGAUCUUUAAGCAAGUUAGCACCUAAACUUUUGUCCUUGGUCUUGAAAGUGAGGACUGAGGAAAUGAGGCUUGUUCCCAGUUUUCUAUUUCAACUAAUAAAUUGACAUGUUUGGUGUGCAAUAAACAUGUUGUUGAGACUAUUGGUUCUGACGAUUACUAUUUUACAUUUCUGGUCCAAUUUUUUUUUUUUAACCGAUUUCUCUUCCAGUCUAGCGUCGUUUUUAUCCGUGGACUUUCCAAGAAUACAACUGAGGAUAGUCUUAGAAACUAUUUAGAAAACACAAGGCGUUCAGGUGGCGGGCCUGUGAAAGAACUGGAAAUCACUGGAAAUUCAGCACGAGUCAAGUUUGAAUCAUCAGAAGGUAAUUACACAAUUUGCUGUGUUAGAAGGGCUUGGAAUCACGUUUGCAGCGAACGCAAACCGACAGAUAUGGAUGCCAGUUUCCCAAAAGAGAAUAGAAAUUAGAGUAAUGUAAUUAAUUAAAAGCAUUGUCAACAUGGGUUACAACGUCUGACAUUUCUCACCUAUAACCAUGGCUGAGAUGGUGUGUAAAGUGGCUCAGCAUCGGCUCUAUAUUCUGAAUUGACCGAUUAACGAGAUUAAAACCCCAAAACCAUGUCAAGUUUAAAAUCCGUUUUAUAUUUUGUUUGUUUGUUUGUUUUAUCUUGCUUUCUGUUCAUCCUUCCCUUACUCAUCUCACCAUGUCCACAUUUCUGGUCUGAAUUUAUGGCCUCAAGGGACAGGUUAUGGAGAGACUAUCUAAAAAGCUUGUUUCUCAGGGGUAUUUAGGUGUCCCCGAGGUCAGUGACGAUCCUUACCUUUAAUUUCUUUAAAAUAUCUGAGCCAACCCUGAAAAAGGUACAUGUACCGCCUCCCGUAUUUUGUUUGUUCAUACUCGUCGGGACAAUUACCAAGGAGAUUUUGCUUCACCCUUAUUUCUUUAUAAAAACAUUUUUGUUGCUUUUUCCCUGUUUGUCAAGAUCAAUACGAUUUUCCGUUACAUAGCGCCGAGUAAGUUUUAUGGGUAACGCAAAGUGAAAAGCUUGAAAAACUCAACAUUCAAAACAAUUUGCGCACAAUUUCACUUACAUCUACCAUUUUACGCUUUUUACUGAGACCAACAAAGCUUCAGUAAAGGGCUGGGAUCUUUUCUAGAACAGCUAUAACGAGUUAGUCAAUGAGUUUCAGCAACAAAAAGUAAACACUUACAAAGGUACAAUAUAUUAUAGAGAUAUGUAACAAUGGUAUUUUUCUUUUGGCAGAUGCUAGAAAUGUAACACUAAAAACACAUAGUAUUAACGGAGAACAAGUUGAGGUGUCAUGCCAUCCGUUCACAGAAGAGAACUCUGAAUCACAGUCAAGUCAGGUCAGUCAUUGAAGUGGAAUCUCAUGUAAUAGCAGUUUGUAGCUUCUGUGCAUUUUCCUUUUAACAACAAAAGGAAGCAUCUCGAUUGUGACAAAGUAAAUCCAAGAGCUCAUGACAAAGGUUCCUGGUGAAUCAUAAGACUAUUAUGUUUAUCAUUGCUUGUCAUUAGGUCUUGUGCUUUAUUAGCCGGCGUAGUAAGCGUUUCCAAUCGAGUUAUUGAGCCAAAGUUGGAGCGACAGUAGAACAAAAUGAAAGAAGGGGGAGGGGAGGGGAUAAGAGGUUUCCUUUUCUCCCCAUCUCCUCCCUUUUCAUUCCUGGCCUCUCUUUUGCUCUCAUCCCAACAUUCUCGACGAACUCGCGCGGAAACGGUUGCAACGCAGGCUAAUUAUGCCUAUUCGUUUUUCUCUCUUUCUUUCUUCUAUUUUUUUUUAAAACAAUUUUGUGGAAGGGUGUGGGAUGCUACAAUCAAACCAUGUAUUUGACGGCCACUCUUGGCGAAUAGCUGACUGACCGCUUAAUACAAGUUUGACAAUUCUUAAGGUUGGUCAAUGAAGAAAAAACGAAGAAAAUAAAGAUGGUAUCUAAGCCAAAUAUCCAUCACACAACUAAUUGAACUUAAACGAAUUAAUUAAUUUGAGUUGCAAUAAAUUCAUCUUACUCGAGUAAGGUAGGCAAUUUAGCUGAGGCCUUAAUGAAUAUACUUACUACGUUUAUUUUUCUCUGUUACCCAAAUUCAGACUCAGGCUGGUGUUGUUUUCAUUCGUGGACUGUCCGAGGAUACAACUGAAGAUGGCCUGUGUAACUAUUUGGAAAAUACGAGGCGUUCAGGUGGCGGGCCAGUAGAGGAAUUAAAAAUCACUGGAAAUUCAGCUCGGGUCAAGUUUGAGUCAGCAGAAGGUAAGUAAAUCUUUUCCAAGGGCGGCAGAAACGCGAAUUAAAGAGGUUACAUGACGGUCUUUUUGAAAGACUCUUCUGACUGCUUUACAAUGACACUAUUUGGUAACGAGUUCCAGUCUCUGAAUGAAUGUCUUAGAGUGGAAUUGCCUAAUGUUUGCCGCCUUUUAAGUAAUAUAUACGGUGGAACUUGUAUAGCUGAUAGACUAGAAACUACUUUACCAUCAUUGUGAGUCGUGUCACUUUCCCUCUUUUCUCGAAUGUUGGCCAUUUCAAAUCAUUCAGAAUUAUCAUGAUAGUUCCGUAAGUGGUGCUGUAUUCAUUCUUAACAAAACGUGCCGUUCGUCUCUGCACACUCUCAAUGUCCUUUAUCUGUUUUUGAAUGUGCUGGUCCCAUGUACAACAUCCAUACUCAAGAUGUGGUCUAACUAAAGCGAGAUAGGCUUGCUUUUUUACGUCUUCUGGACACUAAUUUAGGUUUCGUCUCAUAAAGCCAAGAGAUCUGUUGGCUUUGCCUAUAAUACCAGCAAAAUGAACAUCCCAAUUUAGACCACUGAGUAGUUCAACUCCAAGGUAUUUGCUGUGAUCUACAGCUUGCAAGGGUUAUGCGUGGAUGGUGUAUUGGUACUCAAAUGGAGAUUUUGAGCAUGAGACUCUUAGGAUGGUGGACUUUCUUGCAUUAAACUACAUUUGCCAUGCGUCUGCACAGCUUCAGUAAAGGGCUGGGGUGUUUUUUAGAAUAGCUCUUAAUAAUGGGUUAGUCACUGAGUUUCAGCAAGAAAAAGAAAACCCUUACCAAGGUACAAUAUAUUCCAGAGAUAGGUAACAAUGGUAUUUUUCUUUUGGCAGAUGCUGGAAAUGUAACACUUAGAACACAUAGUAUUAACGGAGCACAAGUUGAAGUGUCAUGCCAUCCGUUCACAGAAGAGAACUCUGAAUCACAGAUAAGUCAGGUCAGUCAUUGAGGUGCAUGGAAUCUCUUUUGAUAGCAGUUUGCAGCUUCUGUGCAUUUUCUUUUUAACAACAAAAGGAGGCAUCUGGAUUGUGACAAAGUUAAUCCAGGAGCUCAUGACAAAGGCUCCUGGUGAAUCAUAAGACUAUUAUGUUAAUCAUUGCUUGUCGUUAGAUCUUGUGCUUUAUUUGCCGGCGUAGCAAGCGUUUCCAAACGAGUUAUUGCGCCAAAGUUGAAGCGACAGCAAAACAAAAUGAAAGAAGGGGGAGGGUAGGGGAUAAGAGGUUUUCUUUUCUCCCCAUCUCCUCCCUUUUCAUUCCUGGCCUCUUUUUUGCUCUCAUCCCAACAUUCUUGACGAACUCCGGCGGAAACGCUUGCAACGCAGGCUAUGAGGCUAUUCGUUUUUUUUUCUUUCUUUCUUCUAUUUUUUCUCACACAAUUUUGUGGAAGAGUGUGGGACACUACAAUCAAACCUGUAUUUGACGGCCACUCUUGGCGAAUAGCUGAUCAACUGACCGCUUAAUACAGGUUUGACAAUUCUUAGGUUUGGUCACUGAAGAAAAAACGAAGAAAAUGAAGAUGGUAUCUAAGCCAAAUAUCCAUCACACAACUAAUUGAACUUAAACGCAUUAAUUUUUUUGAGUUGCGAUAAACUCAUCUUACACGAGUGAGGUAGGCAAUUUAGCUGAGGCCUUAAUGAAUAUACUUACUACGUUUAUUUUUCUCUGUUACCCAAAUUCAGACUCAGGCUGGUGUUGUUUUCAUUCGUGGACUGCCCAAGGAUACAACUGAAGAUGGCCUGUGUAACUAUUUGGAAAACACAAGGCGUUCAGGUGGAGGGCCAGUAGAGGAAUUAAAAAUCACUGGAAAUUCAGCUCGGGUCAAGUUUGAGUCAGCAGAAGGUAAGUAAAUCUUUUCCAAGGGCGGCAGAAACGCGAAUUAAAGAGGUUACAUGACGGUCUUUUUGAAAGCCUCUUCUGACUGCUUUACAAUGACACUAUUUGGUAACGAGUCCCAGUCUCUGAAUGAAUGUCUUAGAGUGGAAUUGCCUAAUGCCUGCCGCCUUUUAAGUAAUAUAUACGGUGGAACUUGUAUAGCUGAUAGACUAGAAACUACUUUACCAUCAUUGUGAGUCAGAAUUAUCAUGAUAGUUCCGUAAGUGGUGCUGUAUUCAUUCUUAACAAAACGUGCCGUUCGUCUCUGCACACUCUCAAUGUCCUUUAUCUGUUUUUGAAUGUGCUGGUCCCAUGUACAACAUCCAUACUCAAGAUGUGGUCUAACUAAAGCGAGAUAGGCUUGCUUUUUUACGUCUUCUGGACACUAAUUUAGGUUUCGUCUCAUAAAGCCAAGAGAUCUGUUGGCUUUGCCUAUAAUACCAGCAAAAUGAACAUCCCAAUUUAGACCACUGAGUAGUUCAACUCCAAGGUAUUUGCUGUGAUCUACAGCUUGCAAGGGUUAUGCGUGGAUGGUGUAUUGGUACUCAAAUGGAGAUUUUGAGCAUGAGACUCUUAGGAUGGUGGACUUUCUUGCAUUAAACUACAUUUGCCAUGCGUCUGCACAGCUUCAGUAAAGGGCUGGGGUGUUUUUUAGAAUAGCUCUUAAUAAUGGGUUAGUCACUGAGUUUCAGCAAGAAAAAGAAAACCCUUACCAAGGUACAAUAUAUUCCUGAGAUAGGUAACAAUGGUAUUUUUCUUUUGGCAGAUGCUGGAAAUGUAACACUUAGAACACAUAGUAUUAACGGAGCACAAGUUGAAGUGUCCUGCCAUCCGUUCACAGAAGAGAACUCUGAAUCACAGAUAAGUCAGGUCAGUCAUUGAGGUGCAUGGAAUCUCUUUUGAUAGCAGUUUGCAGCUUCUGUGCAUUUUCUUUUUAACAACAAAAGGAGGCAUCUGGAUUGUGACAAAGUUAAUCCAGGAGCUCAUGACAAAGGCUCCUGGCGAAUCAUAAGACUAUUAUGUUAAUCAUUGCUUGUCGUUAGAUCUUGUGCUUUAUUUGCCGGCGUAGCAAGCGUUUCCAAACGAGUUAUUGCGCCAAAGUUGAAGCGACAGCAAAACAAAAUGAAAGAAGGGGGAGGGUAGGGGAUAAGAGGUUUUCUUUUCUCCCUAUCUCCUCCCUUUUCAUUCCUGGCCUCUUUUUUGCUCUCAUCCCAACAUUCUUGACGAACUCCGGCGGAAACGCUUGCAACGCAGGCUAUGAGGCUAUUCGUUUUUUUUUCUUUCUUUCUUCUAUUUUUUCUCACACAAUUUUGUGGAAGAGUGUGGGACACUACAAUCAAACCUGUAUUUGACGGCCACUCUUGGCGAAUAGCUGAUCAACUGACCGCUUAAUACAGGUUUGACAAUUCUUAAGUUUGGUCACUGAAGAAAAAACGAAGAAAAUGAAGAUGGUAUCUAAGCCAAAUAUCCAUCACACAACUAAUUGAACUUAAACGCAUUAAUUUUUUUGAGUUGCGAUAAAUUCAUCUUACACGAGUGAGGUAGGCAAUUUAGCUGAGGCCUUAAUGAAUAUACUUACUACGUUUAUUUUUCUCUGUUACCCAAAUUCAGACUCAGGCUGGUGUUGUUUUCAUUCGUGGACUGCCCAAGGAUACAACUGAAGAUGGCCUGUGUAACUAUUUGGAAAACACAAGGCGUUCAGGUGGAGGGCCAGUAGAGGAAUUAAAAAUCACUGGAAAUUCAGCUCGGGUCAAGUUUGAGUCAGCAGAAGGUAGGUAAAUCUUUUCCAAGGGCGGCAGAAACGCGAAUUAUAGAUGGCACAUGACGGUCUUUUUGAAAGCCUCUUCUGACUGCUUUUCAAUGACACUAUUUGGUAACUAGUUCCAGUCUCUGAUUGUACUUGCAGUAAAACUGUGUUGGUAUUUGUUUUUUUUUUUUUCAGCAUCAACUUGAAUGAAUGAGUUAGGGUGGAAUUUCCUAAUGCCCUUUCGCCUUUUAAAUAAUAUAUACGGUGGAACUUGUAUAGCUGAUAGACUAGAAACUACUUUAAACAUCGUUGUGAGUCGUGUCACUUUCCUUCUUUUCUCGAGUGUUGGCCAUUUCAAAUCAUUCAGAAUUAUCAUGACAGUUCCGGGGGAGGUGCUAUAUUCAUUCUCAACAAAACGUGCCGCUCGUCUCUGCUCACCCUCAGUGUCCUUUAUCUGUUUUUGAAUGUGCUGGUCCCAUGUACAACAUCCAUACUCAAGCUGUGGUCUAACGAAAGCGAGAUAGGCUUGCUUUUUUACGUCUUCUGGACACUAAUUUAGGUUUCGUCUCAUAAAGCCAAGAGAUCUGUUGGCUUUGCCUAUAAUACCAGCAAAAUGAACAUCCCAAUUUAGACCACUGAGUAGUUCAAUUCCAAGGUAUUUGCUGUGAUCUACAGCUUGCAAGGGUUAUCCGUGGAUGGUGUAUUGGUACUCAAAUGGAGAUUUUGAGCAUGAGACUCUUAGGAUGGUGGACUUUCUUGCAUUAAACUACAUUUGCCAUGCGUCUGCACAGCUUCAGUAAAGGGCUGGGGUGUUUUUUAGAAUAGCUCCUAAUAAUGGGUUAGUCACUGAGUUUCAGCAAGAAAAAGAAAACCCUUACCAAGGUACAAUAUAUUCCAGAGAUAGGUAACAAUGGUAUUUUUUUCUUGGCAGAUGCUGGAAAUGUAACACUUAGAACACAUAGUAUUAACGGAGCACAAGUUGAAGUGUCAUGCCAUCCGUUCACAGAAGAGAACUCUGAAUCACAGAUAAGUCAGGUCAGUCAUUGAGGUGGAAUCUCUUUUGAUAGCAGUUUGCAGCUUCUGUGCAUUUUCUUUUUAACAACAAAAGGAGGCAUCUGGAUUGUGACAAAGUUAAUCCAGGAGCUCAUGACAAAGGCUCCUGGUGAAUCAUAAGACUAUUAUGUUAAUCAUUGCUUGUCGUUAGAUCUUGUGCUUUAUUUGCCGGCGUAGCAAGCGUUUCCAAACGAGUUAUUGCGCCAAAGUUGAAGCGACAGCAAAACAAAAUGAAAGAAGGGGGAGGGUAGGGGAUAAGAGGUUUUCUUUUCUCCCCAUCUCCUCCCUUUUCAUUCCUGGCCUCUUUUUUGCUCUCAUCCCAACAUUCUUGACGAACUCCGGCGGAAACGCUUGCAACGCAGGCUAUGAGGCUAUUCGUUUUUUUUCUUUCUUUCUUCUAUUUUUUUUCUCACACAAUUUUGUGGAAGAGUGUGGGACACUACAAUCAAACCUGUAUUUGACGGCCACUCUUGGCGAAUAGCUGAUCAACUGACCGCUUAAUACAGGUUUGACAAUUCUUAGGUUUGGUCACUGAAGAAAAAACGAAGAAAAUGAAGAUGGUAUCUAAGCCAAAUAUCCAUCACACAACUAAUUGAACUUAAACGCAUUAAUUUUUUUGAGUUGCGAUAAAUUCAUCUUACACGAGUGAGGUGGGCAAUUUAGCUGAGGCCUUAAUGAAUAUACUUACUACGUUUAUUUUUCUCUGUUACCCAAAUUCAGACUCAGGCUGGUGUUGUUUUCAUUCGUGGACUGCCCAAGGAUACAACUGAAGAUGGCCUGUGUAACUAUUUGGAAAACACAAGGCGUUCAGGUGGAGGGCCAGUAGAGGAAUUAAAAAUCACUGGAAAUUCAGCUCGGGUCAAGUUUGAGUCAGCAGAAGGUAGGUAAAUCUUUUCCAAGGGCGGCAGAAACGCGAAUUAUAGAUGGCACAUGACGGUCUUUUUGAAAGCCUCUUCUGACUGCUUUUCAAUGACACUAUUUGGUAACUAGUUCCAGUCUCUGAUUGUACUUGCAGUAAAACUGUGUUGGAAUUUGUGUUUUUUUUUCAGCAUCAACUUGAAUGAAUGAGUUAGGGUGGAAUUUCCUAAUGCCCUUUCGCCUUUUAAAUAAUACAUACGGUGGAACUUGUAUAGCUGAUAGACUAGAAACUACUUUAAACAUCGUUGUGAGUCGUGUCACUUUCCUUCUUUUCUCGAGUGUUGGCCAUUUCAAAUCAUUCAGAAUUAUCAUGACAGUUCCGGGGGAGGUGCUAUAUUCAUUCUCAACAAAACGUGCCGCUCGUCUCUGCUCACUCUCAAUGUCCUUUAUCUUGCUUUUGAAUGUGCUGGUCCCAUGUACAACAUCCAUACUCAAGCUGUGGUCUAACUAAAGCGAGAUAGGCUUGCUCUUUUUCGUCUUCUGGACACUAAUUUAGGUUUCGUCUCAUAAAGCCAAGAGAUCUGUUGGCUUUGCCUAUAAUACCAGCAAAAUGAACAUCCCAAUUUAGACCGCUGGGUAGUUCAAUUCCAAGGUAUUUGCUGUGAUCUACAGCUUGCAAGGGUUCUCCGUGGAUGGUGUAUUGGUAUUCAACUGGAGAUUUCGAUCAUGAGACUCUUAGGAUGGUGCACUUCUUUGCAUUAAACUACAUUUGUCAUGCGUCCGCCCAGCUUCAGUAAAGGGCUGGGGUGUUUUUAAGAAUAGCUCUUAAUAUUGGGUUAGUCACUGAGUUUUAGCGACAAAAACUAAACACUUACAAAGGUACAAUAUAUUCAAGAGAUAGGUAACAAUGGUAUUUUGCUUUUGGCAGAUGCUGGAAAUGUAACACUUAGAAAACAUAGUAUUAACGGAGCACAAGUUGAAGUGUCCUGCCAUCCGUUCACAGAAGAGAAUUCUGAAUCAAAUUCAAGUCAGGUCAGUCAUUGAGAUGGAAUCGUUUAAUAGCCAUUUGCAGCUUCUGUUCAUUUUCCUUUUAACAGCAAAAAGGAGGCAUCUGGAUUGUGACAAAGUUAAUCCAGGAGCUCAUGACAUAGGCGCCUGGUAAAUCAUAAGACUAUUAUCAUUGCUUGUCGUUAGAUCUUGUGCUUCAUUUGCAGGCGUAGCAAGCGUUUCCAAUAGAGUUAUUGCGCCAAAGUUGGAGCGACAGCAAAACAAAAUGAAAAAAGGAGGAGGGGGAAGGGAUAAGAGGUUUCCUUUUCUCCCCAUCUCCUCCUCCCUUUUCAUUCCUGGCCUCUUUUUUGCUCUCGUCCCAACAUUCUCGACGAACUCCCGCGGAAACGCUUGCUACGCAGGCUAUAUGGCUAUUCGUUUUUCUUUCUUUCUCUCUCUCUUUCUUUCUUUCUUUUUUUCUAUUUUUUUUUUCAACCAAUAAUUUCGCUACAAUCACUAAAAAAACUUGUAUUCAACGGGAACUCUUGGCUAAUAGCUGACUGACUUCUUAAUAGAAGUUUAACAAUUCCUAAGGUUGGUCACUGAAGAAAACACACACAAAAAUGAAGAUGGUAUCUACGCAAAAUAUCCAUCACAAGACCUAUUAAACUUAAAGACUGUUUCUACCUCUUCUUACCCCAAAAGAAAAGAAGUAAACAAACACUUAUAAACGGUAUGCAGUCCAUUUACUGCUCUUGUAUACAUUAAGUUUGGUACAUAUUGAAAAACUUAACCGGUUAAGGUGGCUCGGUGGGGUUUUUCACGGUCAAUACCUCCCAAGUAGCAACGAAAUGACGCCAUUACCCAUUUUACUUGCAGUCGUAGGCAUUUUGAUGUAGGCAUUUUAGCUAAGGGCUUUAUCUUUUCUCUGUUACCCAAAUUCAACCGCAGGCUAGUGUUGUUUUCAUUGGUGGACUCUCCGAGGAUACAACGGAAGAUGGCCUGUUGAACUAUUUGGAAAACACGAGGCGUUCAGGUGGAGGGCCAGUGGAGGAAUUAAAAAUCACUGGAAAGUCAGCUCGAGUCAAGUUUGAGUCAUCAGAAGGUAAGUACAUAUUUUGCAGGGACGGUAGAAACGCAAAUUAAGGAACACGUGACUUUAGAUACCAGAAAACAAGUUUGGAGUUCUAGAAAUAUUUCUCAGUCUAAUUCACAAACUGAAACUGCUUUUUAAAGGUAAAACAUGCCAGUAGCGAGAUGCAACAACACCGGAGAACUUAACAAAGGGAAAAGUAUGAAUAAAAUCCUGUUUUUUAGUUCCUGAAUAUAUGUCUCAUGACUUCACACAGCAUGAGCCUUUCAAUUUCGUGAUCAGCGUGGAGGGUCUUCCUAAGAAAAUUAAGACGUUAAAAGUUCAUAAAAAACAAAACAAACAAACAAAAUCCUCGUUUUGUUCAAAACGCAAUUUUAUUGAUGAGAAGCAGUUCUUAUAGUGUACAACACAUUUGAUCAUUUAGCGGAGAAUCAUCUACGCAAAAUAAAGUUGGUUACCUUUCCUGCUACACAACUAACAUUUUAAGCUUGUGUGCUGAGACUAACAAAGCUUCUGUAAAAGGCUUGAACCUUCUUUUUUUGUAUAGUUGUAAUGGUUUAAUUAAUGAGUUUCAGCAAGAAAAGGUACACAGGUAUCAGGUAAACUAUAUUAAAGAGAUAAGUAACGAUGGCACUGUUCAUUUGGCAGAUGCUAGAAAUGUAACACUUCGAACACAUCGUGUUAACGGAGCACUAGUUGAGGUGUCAUGCAAUCCGUUCACAGAAGACUCUGAAUCACAGUCAAAUCAGGUCAGUCAUUAAGGAGGAAUCUCUUGUGAAAGCAGUUGUAGAGACUUCAUAAUUGCCCCUAAAGAUCCUAAAGGAUCGGUGUUAAGGGUAUAGAUGGACCAGGUUAUUGAAAACUCUCAAUACGCAGCUUCUGUGUAUUUUCCUUUUGACAACAUAAAGAAGCAUCUGGAUUGUGACUAUGGAAGUUAGUCACUUCACUAAUUACAUGAACCGGCGCGGCAAGCUGUUCCAGUCGAACUAUUAAGGGAAAGUUGGAGCGAGAGCAAAAACAAACACAAAUGGAAGAAGGGUGAUGGGAGAAGAGGUUUCCUGUCCUCCUCUCCUCCUCCCCCUUCAUUCCUCUUUUUUGCUCUCGUCCUUGGAAAUGGCUAUGGCUAUUCGUUUUUCUUUUUUUCCUUUUUUGUUGUUUCGUUGUUCUUUUUUAUGUUUUGGUAUAAUUUUGUGGAAGGGUGCGGUACGCUACAAUCAAACCUGUAUGUUUAACGGUCACUCUUGGCGAAUAGCUAACUGACCGCUUAAAUAGCUUUGACAAUCCUAAAGGUUAAUCACUAAAGAAACUGAAGAUGGCAACUAAGCAAAAUAUCCAUCACACAACAAAUUAACCUUAUAAGUGUAAAUUUCUACCUCAGUCUACCUCAGUCUGAGCUAACAACCACUACACGCCAUGCAGUCUAUAUAUUUCACUAACAUAGCUUGGUACAUAUUGACAAAGUGAUCGUUUAAUAGAGGUAACGACAAUUAAAACAGACUUUUUGGGGCCGCGGAAAAGGUGAUAAGUAUGAUUUCCGGGACUUUUGACUUUAACACGUGGAAGAUUAUAAAGGUCGCACAUUUUUUAAAACCUUAUAAGUUAAGGUUUAAGUAAAGAGGGCCUACCAUCAAAAGUCAAGAGAAGUAAAUCAUCUGUUGAUUACGAUACGACACUUCUGUUAUGCGAUAACGUGACCACAAAGUCACGUACAUAAAUUCAAAGAACACUGUAUGAUUUUCCAAUUUUCGCCGUAACUCGUGCCUAAUGGAGAAAACAGGGGUGGGCUAAAAGGUAUAGAACUGAACUUCAGGGUCUCUUCCCUUGUUACUUCAUGCUCACGAGGAAACUUACUAACCUAUACAUGAAUUUUAAUUAGCGGUAAGGUCUUUCCCGGUUGAGUUUGGACUAUUGAGGUGCAAUAAAAUUAAUUCAUCUUACUCGAGUGAGGUAGACAAUUUAGCUGGGGGCUUAACGAAUGUUCGUAACUGCGUAUUGCGUCUACUUUUUCUGUCACCCAUAGAUUCACCCUCAGGGUAGUGUUGUUUUCAUCCGUGGACUCUCCGAUAAUACAACUAAAGAUGGCCUGUGGAACUAUUUGGAAAACACGAGGCGUUCAGGUGGAGGGCCAGUGGAAGAAUUGGAAAUAACUGGAAAUUCAGCAAGAGUCAAGUUUGAGUCAUCAGAAGGUAAUCACACCUUUUGCAAGGACGGUAGAAACGUGAAUUAAGGAAGACGUGACUUAAGAUACAAGUAAACAAGUUUAGAGUUCUAGAAAUAUUCUUGUAAUUCACAAACUGAAAUUAAACUGCUGUUAAAAGGUAAAACACGUCAGUAAGAUGCCUUGCAGUGCGAUGCAAGAACAAUAGCGACCUUAAGAAAGGGAUAAGUAUGAAUAAAACCCUGUUUUUCAGAUCCUGAAUUUAUGUCUCUUGAAGUCACACAAGAGCAUGUCAAUUUUGUGAUCAGCGUGGAGGUUAAAAUGUACUUUAUUCAAAGCCACUCUCGGUAACUAGUAUUAGAGUUUCGAAAAUCAACAUCGCAUUUGAUCAUUCAGCCAAGAAUGUCUACGCAAAGUCGUUUACGUUUCUUGCUACCCUUUAUAAAGGUUUAGAGGUCCUGGUAAUAAAGAUUGUGUAACAGGUAUCUAGAAAGUUUAAGUGAUAAGGAAAACGCAUUUGUAGGAAAUAAGUAAUUUUGGAUGAGUAGAAGGAGUUGUGUCACGAAAUUUAUCAACAUUCAAACAGUGGAAAUUUUCCACUAAAUUGAGUGAAAUAUAAAAUAACUGCUCAAAAAGUUAGAAGAAGGGAUUAAAUGAUACUAAAAAUCGAAACGGAUGUGCGGAUGGACAAACUUGAAGAAGAUUUAAACGGAUUGUAUUUACGGUUUUUGAACUUGUUAGCCUAUCAGUUUUCCAAAGUUCUCUUUUGGUGUUCGUAACGUUUUAAUAUAAUGCCAUGGGAGACAUACUAGUAUGACAGGAGGCUGUGAUUUUUUCAUUCACUAAUGAUUCCUUAAGUUUCGUAGCUAAAAAGUACAUGUAAUUGGGAUUAUAAGCAAAAUGAACUAGCCAACAAUGACACAACCCCUUUUAGCAAAAGGCAAUAAAAAUUACAUUUCUUUCUUGGUAGUUGCUAGAGAAGUGACUCUCAGAACACACACAGUCAACGGAGUACAAGUUGAGAUGUCAUCCCAUCCGUUCACCGAGGAAAACUCUCAAUUGUCGCCAAGUCAGGUCAGACACUAAACUGAAAUCUCUUGUAAAGCAGUAAUGACUCCAUGAUUGCCUUAACUUGGUUUCCAGGCCAAGGGUAAUAAUGGGUCAGGGUUUUGAAAGGUUUCGGGUUACUCACAGUAGCAAUCUGUUUUAGAAACAGAGCUGACUCUUCUGAGUAUGAAGUAAAAUGUUCCACCACGUGAAAAGAGGAAGGGUUCGGGACAGGAAACUCCCUGGCCUCUAUUCUUUAAUAAUAAACCCUUCUGACAUACAAUGCUCCAAAAUUAAGGCAAUUAUAAAUUAAUCAUUAAUUUUCAAGGUGUUGCCAGUAGCUCAUCUGAAUGGCUAUAGGGUUUUUCCUAGUUUUCCUAGGAUUUGCUUUUGGCCAAUGCAACGCAUAUCAUCAAGCCUUAAGGUUUAACAUUUUGAUUCAAUAGAUAUAAUCACUUAACCCUCGGACGUACCAGGUGGGUGGUUGCCAAACAACCCCCCCCACCCCAUCUGAGGUUUUUCGGAGUCUUUUGUCCUAGACGAUAAAAUAUUAGCACCUGACGUUUUCAAUAGCUGUUAGCUUAUCCCUCGCACGCAUUUUGAGACCAGUUUACUGAUGGUCAGUUGCUAUGGUUACGAGACGUGACGUCAGAAGUAGCCGAUUGUCAAGCCAUUUUAGAGUGAAAACUUGUUUCAAUAAUAAAUGUAAAGAUUGUGGAUCAACUGAUGCAAAAUGCUUAUUCAUGUGUUAUUUUAUAUAUCAAGCACAAAAAAUUACCAUUUCUUGCGGUUUUAACCUGAUUUCUAAUUCUUGGUAAAAUCCAAGGAGGGGGUCCGUCAAGCGCCCCUUAUACCACGGUGGGGGUGUGAAUUUGCGCGUACGUCCGAGGGUUAGUCGACCAGAGUCCGUAAGGUAGAUGAUUUAGCUGAAACGAAUAUGUCUCAACCUCGUUUAUAUGUUCAGUCCAGUGUUGUUUUCAUCCGUGGAUUCUCAGAGGGUACAACUGAAGACGACCUGUUGAACUAUUUGGAAAACACAAGGCGUUCAGGUGGCGGGCCAGUGGAGGAAGUCAAAAUCACUGGAGAUACAGCAAGAGUCAAGUUUGAGUCAGCAGAAGGUAAUUUCACCUUUUGAUUUUAAAAAUUACUGGAAGAUCAUAACUAUUAAGGACACAAAUAAUUACUUUGGUUUCACUGAUAUAAAAUUACAUCGUCUUUAUUUCAUUGAGGAAACAAUCCUUUACUUGGGCAUAAAGGCAAACAUUUGCCUCGACUUUAAAAAAUCGCUCUUCUCAUUGUCGACUAUCGUACAAUAUUGACUUUUGCUAAAAAUUUGUGUGUAAAAAAACUUAUUAAUAAAUGCUUCUUUUAAAGAAAAAUAUUCCUAGGAUAUAAGUGACUUUGGGUGGAUUCAGAGAGUUAUUACUUUGUGCUCCAAAUUGGGAGGUUCUGUUGCUACAUUGGCCAAAUUAAGCAAUUUUAGGCCUUGUUGAGAACCAAUCAGAUUCUAAACGAGUAUAGGAUGAGAUUUUUGUGGUAUCCAGAAUAAAGGUCGAGGAAGUGUUAUUAGCAGAGCCGAAGGCGGAGGCCGAUAACGCCAACCAAGACCUUGAUUAUUCGGGAUAUCACAGAAAAAAAACGAAUCUAAUAAUUGUUUUAUUAUACAUUGUAUUGAAGAAAAAUAAGGACAAACAGAGCAUCGCAUGGAACACAGCCGUUGACAUUUCUCUUUGAAAUCAUACUCGCGCAACCUACAGAUUAGUCACUGAUCCUCUAGCUAUAACUAACUAAUUUGUAGGUUGCGCUGAUUUCCAAAAAUUAACUGUAGGCUCUUAGCCAAUAUGAAGACAGAUAGUGAGUACCAUGUAUAAUAAUAACAGAUAUCUAUCAAGUUUCAUUGAGGGCAGCAACCAAUAACAUGGAACGAUAUUGUCUUCUUCUCUCGGCAGAUGCUAGAAAUGUGACUCUCAGAAAACAUACUAUUAAUGGUGCACAAGUUGAGGUGUCGUACCAUCCGUCCACUAGUGAGGAACCUGAAUUACAGGUUGGUCACUGAGAUAAAAUCUGCGGCUCACAAGAAGUCGUAGCCCGGGAAAAAUAGUAAUGGGCUUGGAAGAGAACAUUUUAAUGUACUAUAGAGCUACAUGUAAAUUGAAUGUUUAAUGCGGAGUAAGCAAAUUAAUGAAUCAAUAUUUUAAACUUAAACGGUUGUAGUUGUUUGUAAAAUGAGGUUUUCUCUUCUUGCGUCGAUAGAUUUUCGUAAUUGCUGGUAUCUCGGAAUACACCCCUUGGAGCUCUUUAAUUCAGCUUUUCUCGUUUAUCAGAGUCGCUUUUAAGACAAAAAGUGUGCCAUACAGUGGAGCAAUAAUUAAGCCACGAAAGAAUACAGCGGGUUUUUAACUCAAAAAGCUUAGAGUCACAACUAAGGAAUAAGACGUGUAUAUAUUUUUAUCAAGUUCUUUGUCAACCGCUUUAAACUUCGAUCUGUAGAUGAAGAUCUUCGAGAAGCAAGACCAAAACUUUGAAACCUUUAAAUCUGAACUUAUAACUUUAUAAAAUCAAAUCAGUAUACAAAAAGAGGUCAUGCACGAGGCACCCAUGACUUCAUCUCUGCUUUGAUAAAGCCACUGAUGCAUCUGUCUUGUGCCAAAGUGAAUCAUCAGAUCGGCAAUUUUGUACGACUGGCAUAGGUCUCUCGUCCUCGUGUAGCUUCGAGUGUUUCCCAGGUUAUCAUAACUCAGAUCGAGUCAUUAAAAAUCUGUGUUCUUUUUUAUUAUGCAGUAGACGGGUUGUAAUUAUGUUUACUGGUCUUACACCUAAGGAGAAAUAACGAUUUCACUGCGUUGAGUUGUUACCUUCACUUGCAGUCCAGUGUUGUUCUCAUCCGUGGACUCUCCAAGAAUACAACUGAGGACGGUCUAUUGAACUACUUGGAAAACACGAGGCGUUCGGGUGGCGGGCCAGUUAAGGAACUGAAAAUCAACGGAAAUUCAGCAAGAGUCGAGUUUGAAUCAUCAGAAGGUAAUUUGAAACACACAAUUUCCAACAAUUUAAGACAGUUUUAUUGCCCGAGAUGAGACUACUUUAAAGGUACCUUCAUAACUGAAGCUUCAAACUGUAAUUGUAACCGACGAUACUGAAAAAAACAGCAGCAACGAUGUAGAGAGAGUCAUAAACUCAAUUUAUAAAGAAAAAAUAGUAUUCUAAAAGGCAACAGCUUUAUUUGUGGCAGUGCGUAAUUUAAACACAAUUUGCUUGGUGAACUAAUUUAAAUUUCAAAUCGUAACUCAACAAUAUUUUAUAAUUUAUCAAGGUACAGAGAGAACGAAUUUUAUUUCUGUAAAAUCACAGUUGUUUUUCGUUUUGUUUUUUUUUGUCUUUUAUAUUAAAGUAGUCACUAAAACUUUUUCUUGCUGCUGAUAAUAACUUUAUGGAUGUGUCAAUUGACCACCAAAACCUCAACAUAAAAUCAUGUUGUUCUAGUGGCCAAACGUGUUGUUGAAAAAGACAAGCACAUUUUGAAUGGAGCUAAUCUCGAAGUCACCAAAGAGAUGGCUGAAAAACACAAGGAAGCUGCGAAGACCAUCAUGAUCACUUGCCUUGCAGCGAAAACCACUGAAGACUCCCUUUGGAACUACUUUGAAAACAAGCGGCGAUCUGGUGGUGGAGCGGUAGAAAGUGUAACUAUUCAACGUGACACAGGCACGGCUUUUGUGACCUUCGAGGAUGCAAAUGGUAAGUCAUUGUGUACCCUGCUCAAAGACCGCAGUUAGCCAGGAAGAGCGAAAACAGGAAAAAAGAAACAAAAAAACAUUGUGUGGAAUUGAAAAGUUGUGAAACUGCAGUUAUAGGGUCAUGAAGAAACUAUUGGGCGCGUCUGCAUUUCGAACCUACUUUGAAAUGUUUUCAUCGAUUCAUGCAUUUUAAACCACCUUAAUUUCCUCAUUUGUUGGUUUUGUCACUCAUUGGCUUUCUUCUGUUCAACCCUCAGAUGUGCUCUCCACCCUCUUAACAAUUUUCCCCAGGAUUUUUGUCAAAAUGUCUUUAAACCAGACCUUUCUCUCUUCAGGAGCUAGUCAUUUUUUUUUCCUCAAACACAUUUUGCACACGUAAAAAUUGGGGUUUUUAGAUUUUUAUCAAAAUCCAAACUGGCGACCAUCCUGAUGGAUGUCACAGGUCCAGCCUCAGCAGCGCCAUAAACAGUUGCGUUUUAGAACCCCUUCUGUGCGGAAUUCCUUUCAUAACAGACCGUUUUCUUUUUGACUAAAACUAAAAUUGUCUUUAAAUUGUCCCGCUUUUAAAUUAACCACAACGAACAAUAUAAAAACAACGGUCCUGAUGGAUCCACAACGAACACGCCAUAAACAGUUGCGUUUUACAACCCCUUCUGACGACCUUUCAUAACAGACCGUUUUUUUUUCAAAAUUGUCAUUUAAAUUAACCUGUCAGAGACAACCCCACAACGUCUUGAAGAACGACCUGGUCCUGUUUCAACAUCAGAUCACCUGUCAACAGAAGAAAGGUCCAGUCUUUCCAGUCUUUCUGGCUGACAUCCUCAAAUCAAACGACAGUGUAAAGGAAAUUCCUGACUCCUCCUCCCCAAACACACCUUACCGUAAGAGUUAAGAGUUUUUUAACAAUCUUUCUUAAAGGCACAUCGUCUGACUGAGUCAGACCCUUCCAAAAUUUCACCCUGUUGAAACCUGAAUUGGAGAAAGAAGUGAGCAAUUGAAGUAAUUACGGUACACGUUCUGUAUUCACUACCCAAAAGUAAAAAAAAUCUGACAGCCAAUCUUUCGAUUUCUUCACUUCUAGUUCUGAAGACUGUGUUACAAAGUGAACAGCAUUGCUUGGACGGAGCUUCCCUGGUAGUUAAAGUAAGCGUCCAGGCAGCUGAGCAGACUGACCAAGAAGAUAUGGAAGAAUCUCGAACCAUUGAAUUAAAUGGAAUUGCUCCGACAACAACCGAAGAUUCUAUCAGAAACUUUUUUGAAAACACUCGGCGAUCCGGCGGCGGAGAUAUAGAUACGGUGGAAUUCAAUCCUGAAAAAGGAUUUGCUGUCAUAACGUUUAAGUCAGCUGAAAGUGAGUUUGUUGAUAUCCCCAACUAGGGCCUAUUAGAAAAAAUUAUUAGUCUAUUUUCUUUUUUUUUUCUUCUCUAUCCCUAUUGAUCAACCAGAAACGAGGUGCAAUCGGUUUUUAUACGAUAGGCGAAAACGUUCAUAAAGAAGAAAACGGGACCUGAUUUCCUUCGUUAUUUUCUACGCUACAUCCAUUGGACAACCUAGUCAUCCCGCCCCUACAACACAGCUCAAUGUCUGGAAAAGAAAAUAAGCUACUCACGAUGGUUAAAAAAUCCCUGUGCUAUUUUUUUAAGAGGUGUUCGACGAACAAUAUGAAUAAAAAGCUUCUAAAGACAAGGAGUUCUGGCUUUUGUACGUCCGUGGUCUAACAUUAUCACUCACUUAGUUAGUUGUUCCCCAGUCGUCUAUAAUUCGUAAUUCCCUAUCCUUCAAGAUAGACAUGCAUUUCUGUAAAAUUUGUUCAUUAACAAUUUUUUAAUGUUAUAUUUAAGGUGCACAACGAGUUUUGAAUAAAGAAAAUCUCACCCUUGACAAAGCAAAGCUGACGGUCACGCUGCGCAAACCAACCAAGAAACUGCCAGUUGAUACUAAGAGGCUUUUUGUGAAAGGUUUGAGUGAAAAAACUACCAGGGACGGCUUAGAGUCAUUCAUGGAAGUAGCAAGUGGACUGGAAGUAUCAGAUAUACAAUUUGGAGAGCAAGGCUGUGCACUAGUUGAAUUCAAGGAAACAUAUAGUACGUUAGUUUAUUUAGUUUAAUAAUCAGUUACUGGAUGAGGCUGAGUAUGAUGUAACUGAUUGAAAAUACACGUUUUCGCUUAAAAAGUAUAAACCAUGAAUGAUGAGGCUUCAAGGAUUUAUAAGUAUACGUUCAUUAGCAACGCAAAUUCAAAGUUCGAGCUUCUCGUGCGUCUGCAAAUCCCUAAUAGAGUACUUUGUGCGGCAUGUCGUUGUCUUUUUACGUUUUCCAAGAUGACAGCUUUUGUGUCCUAUCUUAUGAUUUUCAUAUGGCAGCGCUCUUUAACUAUAGAGAUCCCUGAAAUGCCCUGCACAGGUGAAAUUAUGGGCUUAUAUCCAAGAAAACUGGAAACCGUUCGACCAUUUUUGGAAUGCAUCAUCGGAAAUUAAAAGCUUCGAUAAUGUAGACGUUUCUGGAAAGAACAUUAAAUUUGCAAUGCUAAUAAAUUUCUACAUUAGGCCUGAUCGUUCAUGGCUAAUACUUUUCAAGUGACGACGUUUUUUUCAAUCGGGUGUAUAAAACAUUAUGUAGAUCAAGGAAGGUGGGAUCGUCCGAGGUGGAUAGUACUCUCAGAGAUUUGAAAUUAAACAUUUCCAACUUCAGCAAAACGUCUGUUCCUCGGCAGGUUCAGGCUAUGCUGGGAUGUUUAUUCUUGAAGACAUUGUGUUAAAUAGCAGUUGUCAUCCGUUCAGUGUUUUUGCUUUUGUUUUGUUCUUGGUGGUGGCUUUUUUGCUAUUCCCGUGCUGUUUUUAGCUAGCAGUUGAGCUAUUUCUUCUUCGUAUAACGUAUGAAAUCCUCUACCAUUUUUUCCACAUUUGUUUAUAUUAAUAGAGCUGACGUCAAUCGUAUUCAUAUCGUUAAAUAUCUUUCAAAUUCGGUCAAUUCUGCCCGGUUCUAAAUAAAUAUCCGGGGAAAUUUAGCUAAUCAGAAACCGAGAAAUAUUUUCAAUGAAUAAUUACCAAUCUUAAAACACAAAAGAAAAAUUAACAAUUAAUGAAUGAGGCUGAGUAUAAUAAGAAGAAUUAUGGAUCCCGGAGAUCGAGGAGCGUGUUAUCAGUCGAGGCCGUAGGUCGAGGCGGAUAACACCCUCCGAGAUCUCCAUAAUUCUUCACAUGAUACGAAAGCCGAAUUCAAUAAUUGUUUUAUUAUUCAUUCAAAAUAAUUCCUAGUUCUGAAAACACUUUUGACGUCAUCGGUUCAUUAAUCGCAAAACUCUUCCAAAUUUGGCCAUCAGUAGCUGGUUAUGGUGAGUUAUCGUGUGCUCUUAGCCAAUCAGAAUCGGGGGAAUAUUGUGAAUGAAUAAUAAUUAACAAUUAUUGGACGAGAUUGAGCAAAAUAUCGUGAUUUGUCUGUGGCGAGCAGAUCAAUUAUUAAUGAUGAUUUUUAACUCAUCUACUGUGCCAAAGAGUACAAUUUUGGUGAGCAAAUGACAAAACGGCCGUUGUGUUUUCUUGCCGACAAAUAGAAUUUUUGAAGGUAUUUGUUUAGCUCUUGCGGGGAACUUUCUUUAGUAAAGGAUUUGUGAAUUCUCUGUGUAUUUGAAACCAUUCAGUAAAAAUAAACUAUUAAUUUUGAUUUUAAGCUUAUUCCUGAACAUGUCAGCUAAAUAAAGUAAGGCAAGACUUAAUUUACAUUUGUAAACAAAAAAAACUUUUUCAUCGAUAAAUUCAAGUCAAACACAAAGCUUUACCUGUUAAAACUUCCAAAACCGAAUUUCUUCACAUUCUUCGUGUAUUUUGGAAACAGCUUGUUUGGUUACUUGUAAAAUUUCUUUGCUUGUUACGGCAGCAAACCGGGAAGCCAUUUUGCUGUUUGUCGUCGUCCGCUCAGCGGAGGUGGAUGUGAAUCAGUGCAUAGCACUGGAUAUCCCGAGUUUGAGUCGCCAAUCAGAGCACGCGAAAAACACUAUCCACUGUUAUAGUACACAUAUGUUAGAUAUUAUUCUGAAGAAAAAGGUACAACCUCUUCUUUCUUCUUUCUCGAGCCCUAUGCACCCUCUCCCAAGGAAACAACGUCUUCGUAGACUGGUCAACAGAGGCCUAGCUAGCUGGUCCUGUUUUAAUGAAAACAAUUUUUGUAGAAAAAUAUCUUACGAAAAUAAUAGAGGAUUCCAAAACCAAGAAAAGGAAGGUAUUGCAAAAUAUGAAAUAUUCCCUCUUAUAAAACGAUUAGCCUAAUCUCUGAGCAUAAUGUAGUUAGAUGAUGUUAUGAGAACAAGUUCAAGUCACGCUGCCUUUUUCUUGAGAAAACUACAAAGAACAACUUUACACCCAAGACAAAUAAGAAGAGUACAAAAUGAUAAUUAUGCCACAGUCAUCAGCCUAACAUUAAAUAAGGAGAAUCUGGUCACAUAAUUAACCGAUGGUAUUCUUUCACACUUUCAGGCUACGACACUAUUACCCAGAAAGUUGCAAAGAGACCUCUUGAUGGCAAUACUCUGGCAGUAGAGCAAGUGCCUGUUUGUCACUGCGUGGAAGUAACAGGGUUGAACAGGGAAAACACGACCGAGGAUGCCCUUCGUUACUACUUUGAAAGUCCUAAGAGCGGUGGCGGUGAAGUCAGCAGAGUAGAACUGGAUAUAAAGAAUGGCUGGGCUUUAGUUUCCUUCGAGAACCCAGAGGGUAUGUAGCGUCGCGCUAAAAGGAAAUUCAUUGUAGUCCUUUUCAGAGCGGAGAUAUCUUUCUUAGCCUGUCACCAAUUGACUUGUAGCUUGUAGGAAAUCGAAGUAAGGCGUUGUUAUGUUUCUUGUUUUUUUGCAGUUGUUAAUGCCGUUGUUGCCAAGGAGCAUACACUCGACAGAGCGCGGCUGGAAGUUAAGUGCCACAACCCUGUCCUUGGCAAGCCAGCCUCUCUACCUGAUCCUCUUGAGCUUGACAAACAAAUUCAGGUGGAAGGACAAGUCAUGCAGUUUAUUUUUGAACGUCAUAAAACUGAUUUUGCCCAACUCCAAGAUAAACAUGGUGUCAAAGUACGCUGGGAAAAUGGUUCCAACAAUAUAACUGUCAACAACUUGGGAACUGAAACAUCUGAAGAUGAUUUUGAACAUGCGUGUAAAGAAAUUGUAUCUUUUGUCGCUGCGUUUCAGACAUACACCAUGCACGUGACGGCAGAAGCCUGGCAGGCCGUUGUCGAGCAUCUCAAGCAAAGCACCUUGAACGACAGCAUGAGCGUGGAGUUCCUGGAUGAGCAGUGCAAAAUUCUUUUAAGCGGGAAAAGGAAAGACGUUGAGAAUUUAAGUGGCGAAUUGAGUGAUUUGAAGAGCGAGGUAGAGAAGCAAUUAGCACUGGAAGCAUCAAAAAAAACAAUCACAGUUGGAGAAGUUCCGCGACAGCCCCUAGCGUUCUUGAAUGACUUCAACUUUCACAAAACACUCGAAGUCAAAUAUGAAAACACAAAAGUGGACAUUUUUGUGGACAAACACGAAGUCCAUAUUGGAGGGCCUUCUCAUGUCGUUGAAAAGGCAAGAGCGGAUGUGUGGCAGGCAAUUUCUAGCGUAAAGAUAAUAACCCUCGAAAUGUCUCAAAAUGCGAUUGAAGUUCUUAAAGGUAAAGCUUGUCAGUCAUUCAUUGAAGAGCGAUUUAAAGCCAACAAUUUGCCAGCCCUUGUAGCCUUUGGUGUUGAAGAGGAAGAAAUACCGCCUAACGCUGCAGCCGUCGUAGGGAUGAGUUCUGAGAUAGCUCAAAAGGCGUCCUGCUUAGUGAAAGCGAUGAUUGUCGAAGAAUGCCUUGUCUUAGAAGAUGGUCAGCUUCAGAUAGAAAAAAGUGAAAAAUGGCGCCUUUUUAGGGAUGAGCUAAUUGAAAAUCACAUUCUUAGCAUCAUGUUUGAUAGAAACAGUAAGAGGUUACAACUUGCGGGGGAAAAGAGGGAUGUUUCCAUUGCAUUGAAAAGUGUCACACGGUUCCUAAACGAGAACACAAUUAUCAGCAAAGUUUUGGAACUUCCCAUGGGCUGUAGGCGGUUUCUGGCGAAGCACCGGGAAAUUAAGCUUCGCCAGAUACAGGAAGAAUUAAACAAGAAUUCUACGAUCGUUAAGGGGAUUGCUGAAUGUGACGAAGAUGGUGUCACAGUUACUGGAACAAGCGAUGGAGUUGAAAGGGGAAUGAAAAUGAUCCAAGAUUUAACUUCAACUGUUGAGAGAAAGAAGAUACCUCUUAACAAACCUGGAAUGCGAAAAAACCUUAAUCGAAGUAAAGGAAAGAAACUGUUGGCCCUAGUGGAAAGCGAAAGCAAGUGCGUGAUUGAGUAUUUUGAUGCCGAGCAAGACUUCCCGUCAAGUAGCGUUAACGAAGAAGGAAACAAAGACGCAAAGAAAUUGAAGAAGGAUUACGAGUGUAGCUUCCAAACACCAGAGGGUAGAACCAUCAAGGUGUUCAAGGACAACAUCUGCGAUCGUAACGUGGAUGUUAUUGUUAAUUCAGCCAACGAAAAUCUCCAACACAACUCGACUGGUGUCGCAAAAGCUAUACUUGAUGCUGGUGGAGAAGCCAUCCAGGAAGAAUGUGACAAGUUAUUCAAAGAACAAGGUCUCAUUUUGGAGGGUCAAGUUGUCGCUACGACUGCCGGAAAGUUACCUUUCAAGAAAGUCAUUCAUGCAGUGGGGCCAUUUUGGAGAGAGGAAGCAGCGCGACAAAAGUCAAUGAGAAAAACUCCAAAGGAGGAAAAGUUACUUCACUAUGCAGUGACUAAUGCCUUGGAGGCUGCAAAACAUUUCAGAUCAAUAGCCUUCCCUGCUAUAAGCACAGGGUCCUAUGAAUUUCCACGUGACCUGUGCGCAAACAUUAUGGUCGAUGCAACAUUGGAGUUUUUUAAAAAAAACCCAGGCUGCCGGUUGUCCGAAAUUCAGUUUACUAGUAUUGACGAUGCGGCUGUCAAAGCUUUUGUUACCGAGAUGACAACCAGGUUUGGGGAAGAUCCCAAUUUUCAACAUUCUUCGAAAGGGAAAGUCGCAUCAGAAGUAAGUGGCGAAGUAAAACGCAAAAGCAGGAAAGAGAAAAAGGCAAACCCUUCAACGCCAUUAGCUGUCUCGGAUAAUACCCCUAAAAAAACUCAAUCAAAUGAGAUGAUGUCGGCAGAAGGUUUAAAAGUGGUUGUUGUCCCUGGUGACAUGACUCGCGAAGAGGUGAGUCAUUGCACCCUACUUUAUUUAAACGGCAUCUGUGAAAUUCACAGCUCCUCUCUGUAAAGUGUUCCUAAAGGUUUAACGACAAAGUUGGACUACUUAAGGGGAAAAAAGAAAAUGGAUACUUGCAAAUGACCCAGAAGUAAUUUUGAAAUCACAGACCUUUUAAGAGGGGGGAGGUACAGGACGGUAAAUCUCCCUCCUCCCUACUUUUUCAGCCAAUUUCUCCCUCCUCCCUAUUAUGUACCUCCCCCCUCUUUUGAUAAACAUUCAGCUUAACUGAGAGUUGGUACUGAAUAAUCACCAGUGAACAGACAGACAUCGCUGCUACGAUUACUGCAAAACAUAAAUUGCUGGUUAGAAGAAGAAGUGCUUCAUCUGGUAACCUAAGACACCGAAUAGGGUUGAAAAAACGAGAAAAUGACGUUUGACUAUAGCUUUUCAAAUUAUCCAUAAUUAUUAUUCGCAACAUUGUAUGGUAAUUAUAGUAUCCGAUAUCCAUCGUGAUUUCUUAUCUUCUUUUCAUGAAAAAUGUUGAAAGAGAAGAAUACUCAAUUUUAAGAAGAAAACCGCUGAUUUUAUCGCAGUUGCUUAUUCCCAGUUAACUAGAUUGUAGUCUUGCUUUUUAUCUGGGUUGCAUUUAGCACGCCCCAUUCACGCCGGCAAUUACGACUUUUUAGUUGGCAACAGCUUUACACAAUUGAGAUAAAUGAUGAUUGAGUAAUGAUGUUUUAUUGUUUCCUUAAUAGGUUGACGCCAUCGUAAACUCUACCUCCUCAGACCUAGAUCUCAGUAGAAACGCAAGUUCGAAAGCUCUGAGUGACGCGGCUGGUCCUACGCUUCAGCAGGAAUGUAAAACAAUUGGUAAAGUAGAAACUGGUAAUAUUGAGGUGACCAGCGGAGGAAAUCUGGGAUGCAAGCAUGUAUUCCACACUUCGUGUGCUGGGUGGGAAAAUGGAAAGGGUGAACAGGUACAGUAUUUUUUAACCUCUAAAAGUCAUUCAUAAUGCCAGAUUUCGUUUUAUGUAAUGCCCCAAUUUAUGUUUACAAUAUACUUGCUAUAAAUGUUUUAUCCAGAUUUUAGUAAAUGAGAGAAACUCAGUCUAUACUUGUCCAAACAAAGCUGUAUGAAUAAAUAAAUAUAUAGGAUUAAAACAUUUUACAACAAGGAUUCACAGUGGGAGAGGGGGAACUUUGUUGUGUAAAGUGCAAAAUAUACUUCUUUCUUUUCAGGAGCUGCUAUAUAUUCAGACGCCAUUUUCUCAGUGUGUCAUAUGACAACUACCUACACAAACAGUCUAUUCGGUAUAUUAACGCUUUACCAUUUGUCAUUUCAGGUAUUGAGCGAUAUCCUACAGAAGAGCUUGAUGGAAGCACAGAAAAGAAAUCUUUUAAGUAUUGCCAUACCUGCCAUUGGAACUGGAAACCUUCAGUUUCCUCGCGAUCGAGUUGCUGCUAUUUCCUUUGAUGAGGUACUGACAUUUAGUAAAAACAAUCCAAGUAGUUGCGUGAAAGAGGUCCACUUGGUUGUUUAUGACCAAGACUUGCCCUCAGUUCAAGCCUUCCAGACUGAGCUGCAAAGUCGCAAAGGAAACUCUUCCCACACAGUAACACCGGCAACGACGGUAAGUGGAAAGAAAAAACCCAAAAAGUCGCGUGGAUCGGCUGCAAAAAAGUCUCACCCUGAUAAAACACCUGAUGGAGAUGAAGACUUUUACAUUGUCCCAGAAGAAUUAGAUUUGUUCAAACCUGAAAUCGAAAUAGGACGUGUCAUUGUUCAAGCUGAGACUGGUGACCUCACUAAAGAGGUAACAGAUGCAAUAGGCAUAUUAUCAAGAAAAGAUUUAAAUUGUGGAGGAGGAGUCGGUAAGGCAAUUAUUUCUGUUGGAGGAAAAGAAAUUCAAGCAGAAUGCUCUUCUUUGGGUAUCCAGCCACCAGGUUCAGUCGCAGUCACCGGGGCAGGCAAAUUAAAAGUCAGAAAAAUUUACCACAUGGUGCCAGAAGAAAAGACAAUGGCUUCUAUUAAAGGUUGCAUUGUGAAGUGUCUAAAAGCAGCUGAUGAUCACGGGAUGACCUCCAUAUCUUUUCCUGUAAUUGGAACUGGAAAUUUCAAAGUAGAUGUACAAGAAGCUGCCAAAGAGACGCUAGCCGCAAUUGCCAAAUUUGCUCAGGGACAGCCACAAUUACUUCAUUUCAUUCGAAUCGUCAUAUAUCAAAAGCACAUGUUUCACGAUCUUCGCAAUGCAAUGCAAUCAUGUGUCUCUUCGGCAGAAGGAGGGAAAGGUUUUUUUUCUAGGGUUGCUAAUAUGCUUGGAUUUGGAAAAAGUGGCUCGUCUGCCUUUUAUUCUCCCGUGUCAGUAAAACGGGGGAGUCAAGAAGUUAACAGCUACCUAGAAAUAUUUGCCGGAACCAACCAAGACAUCAAAAAAGCUGAAGAAGAAAUACAGAGAGAUUUGGCGGAUAACUGCACUAAGAGAGUGAUUGAAGACGAUGCCAUUAGCCACCUUUCCGAGGAACAGAAAAGUAAAAUACAUAACCUGCAAGUUACACACGACGUCAGUAUCAUGAUAGAAGAUUACAUCGGUCGCAUAUCCGUAAGAGGCGACGCAGAAGACGUGCUAGAUGUGGCCACAUCUAUCCUAAAAAUUUUGACUGAGUACAUAGAGGAAGAGCACAGUAGAGGAAUCGGAGAACUCCUAUGCAAAAACACGCAAUGGUACUAUGAAGAAGACGAUGAGGAGGAUUGGCAGCCAUAUGACCCAAAGGAAAACUUUCAGAUAGAGACCGCGCAUAAGGAUGGUCAAAAAUCGGUGCUUUUAAUCAUUGAUGGUGCCAGGUGUGAGAUUGUUUUCAAAGACAUGAAGGAAACUUGUCUGGAAGAUGGAGAAGAGAGGAAUGUGAAAAGGAAGGAGAUCGGAAAAGGUAAUUAGUUCACUUGAUUACUACCCGGACAGAACAGUUGAGGAUUGAGUUCAAUGACAGUGAUUUUAGUGCUUGAACAAAACUUCAAGAAAUAGCAGCAAACCAAAAAAAGCACACUUUUUAAAUAAACAAACAAACGAACGAACAGUGUUAAUAUUUAGUCCAUAAAAAAGCGAGGAAAAACACGUAACCUUCUCGAGUUUCAAGCAAAAAUCAUCGCAUUGUUGCGAUGUAUCUAAAUUCUUAUUUUUGGACGUUUGAUACAUUUUACUGAAAAAAAUACUUUACAAUUUUUGAGAUACAUUUUAGAAGGGAGGAGUUAAAUAUCCUUCUUAUAGACAGAAUUCGUCCCAUAAACAACAAUCAAUACUUGGACGGAUCAACAAACUCAAGGUGUACUGGUAAAGACUGCGCUUGCCGCUAAAAGAUAGCUAAUGAUUUUAUAGAGCAAGGGAGAACAUUGCUAUAUAAAUCCAAGUUAAAUUCUCAAGGACUUUAUCCAAGCUGAGAAGAGAAAGAAAAUCUCGUGAUCGUGUGUUGCUGUCCUCCAUUACGACGCAUUACGAAGUUGGACGCCAAGGAAAAUGUUCUAAAAGGUGUGAUGCACGUGCAGACCUGUUAUUUGACUCAUUGAACCCUGUAAGGAGCUGGGGGAAGCUUCUCCUUGCAGUCCUUGUUAAACUCCCAUAAUCAUUGGUGAAAAAACGAUGGCGAUAGCCUACUUCAAGUUUUCUUUAUCCGAUGAAUAUGACAGGCUAGUACGCAUAUGUGCAUAGCAAGUGACUAAGUUCAAUUUUACACGCAUAGCAAGUGAUCUAAGUUCGAUUUUAUUUCUAUGCAUAACGAAAACUAAAAUAACUGCGUUGAAAUUAAGUCAUAUUGGAAUAACUUUAAUGUCUUCUAAUUUACCUUUAUUUAUUUUUUUGUUUUACACAGGUGUUCCACUACCUGAUAAUUGGUGUGUACAACCAAAGGAAAGUUCAGGUAAUGAAAAAGAAGUUCAUUUAGUCGAGCUUGAUCCUACAAGCAACGAAUACAACAAAGUAGCAGAAGGAAUCCGCAAAACUGCUACGAUCUCGAUCACUAAGAUCGAGAGAGUGCAAAAUCCUGGCCUUUACAAGGCAUACGUGGUCAAAAAGGAUCAGAUGGAACAAAAGAAUGGUGCCAAUGAAAAGUUGCUUUUCCAUGGUACUGCUCAAGCAAGUUGUUCAUGCAUUAGCAAGUUUGGUUUUAAUAGAAGCUUCUGUGGGAAAAACGGUAAGUUAUCAAUCAAUCAAAACCUUUAUUUAAACACGAUGAGGGUUAAAGCUUGGUAGCUUGAGGGGUCGUGUAUAAAUAGAGUAACUACAUAAAAGAGAGGAUGUAUAAUUACACUGAUGUUUCGACUAAAAUAAGUUAAAAACGCUAGAAUGAAACAGUAUAAAUAUCUUGAAAUACUUUGGAAUUAAUUCUUCUAAACAAUUUCACAGAACAUUCGACAGUGCAACUAUCAGAAGCUUCUAAAACGUUUUACGGUACAGGUUACUAUAAUCCGGCAAUAUCCAUAAUUGUAUUCGACUCGUGUACGUGAAUGCUUUUAAUAAAACUACCCAGGGAUACAGCUUUGCGGCACUCCCCUGGUAAAUGGUUAAAUAGAAUUUUCCUUCUGUGGGCUAUUGAAGAUUUCAUGGUAUUUGUUCAGAAAGAUGGAAUAAUAUAACUAUCAGAUGUCGUUUUCUUAAAUUGCACGAUGGCUGGAACUUUGAGAUAUUUACUGACAAUCAGGAGGGCGAGGCAGUUGUUCCUUUCGUAAAUGGUCGCUGACCUGUUUGAAUUUCUAUUGUUUAAUUGAAAAUCGAUUUUUGUGUAUUAAAUGUAAGGAACGCUCAAUUGAUUAUACAAGCGCAUUCAUGUUUGUCUUUUCCAUCCUAAGGUUGUCCAGGAAUGCUAUUGAAUGGAAAACAGUGUCAUAAAAAUGAUAAUGAAUAGUGUUUGCACUUUAAUGUUUGUUUCUUGUUCUAUUGACUUUCAAGAUGGUGUUAAUAACUUUGAUGUUGGCGUUAAUGAAAGUCUAUUUUUCUCUUUGUAUGCCGAUCCGAAUGGCGCAUGUGAAUGCCCAAAAGUGUUAUUAAUGAGUUCAAUUUCUAGCCUUUUUAUACGUGGAAUUCGUUUAACGCCGACUACUGUAAGUAAAUUGCUGAGUUGUUUAUAACUUCACUUUACGAGACCAACCUGCAGCGCUCAACUUUCGACUCAUCAAGAAAAUCAGGAUUCAAGAAAGUAAUUUCCAUGGCCAACUCUUUAGAGUCUCAGGCUGAAGAAAACGAGAAAAAAAAUGGAGUAUUCCUCUUCAGCCCCCAACAAAUCACGGCACGAAAAUAGUGCAAGCAAACAUCACAAUACGCUGUGAAAGUCGGGCUUUGCACUCUCAGAAACAAAGGUGCUGAUGUAUGGCAGAUGAUAACACAGGUUGCCCAAGCCCGAAAUAUGAGCAUCGGGAAUUGUUGCGUAACAUUCAAAAUAUAUGGAUUUGUAUGGGAAAAAACCUAUCGUUUCUGUAACCUACGAAAAUGAAAGGAUUUCAAAAGGUAAACCUUUAUAUAGAGAGAAAACCGUUUCCAUAAAAACUCAUAAAAGGGCCAUAAAUCGACCCGUGGACCACACAGGAGAGACGUAACACACAUUUUAAGUAAGGUAAGCUGUUUUUUAUUGUAAUCCUUUCAUUUUCGUAGGUUACAGAAACGAUAGGUUUUUUUCCCAUACAAAUCCUUAUAUUUUGAAUGUUACGCAACAGUGCCGAUGCUCGCCGACGCUCAUAUUUCGAGCUUGGGCUACCUGUGGUGAUAAUGUUUCUAAUGCUGGGUUUUUAUACGGAGCGUGGGAAGAAGGUUUUCACCCUAUUCUUUCUACCAUCAAAACUAAGCAGGUACUCAGUCUAAUUUGUUUAAACCUUCAUUUUGAACUAGCUUAAAAUGUGUGUUUUUCCAAAGAAUAUGCAUGUAACAUAUUAGCCUGUGUACAGACGUCCCCCUCCCUCAUAUCUGAGGGAGGGGGGACGUCUGUACACAGGCUAGUAACAUAUGUGCUGCUUUGUUAUUUUUUUGUUAUUCAAUAAGUUGUCAUAUAUGAGGCUUUCUUCUGCAAUCCCACACCUUUGCGGGAACUCAACGAAUUUCGCACCAGUGUCAAAAAAUAUUUGCAUUCGGUUAGUUAGUUGGAUUGCACCAAUAACUAUAAUUGCACAUCCUACCGUUUGUAUGAAUUUAUUGAGCUUUUGCCAUAGUUUUCAACCCUCACCCUGACCCACAAAAUGCACAGAGUCAAAUAGAUAUCCACAAGUAGACAAAAUUGCGAGAUGCGAUGCCUGGAGACUUUCCGGCGUCUUUCCCAAUUUGUAGGAGAGGAGAUAUACAAUGGUGUUCCUUUUCUGUUUAUAAAUUAUUGUAUCAGUAUAUGGCACUCGAUGAGACAAUGAAAAGGAUUCUUAUUUACGUUUGAUGUAGCAAAUAUAGAAAUAACCUGCGAUCAGGUCUCCCAAAGAAAAUGGGAAAAUCUAAGGACCGCAGUAUCGCAGGUUAAUGAAGAAAAAUUAGAUAUCGAGAGAUACCCUCCCUGCCCAGGAUAUCAUCCAGCAAGCAAAAGCAGAAUUGUUUACUUUUGUCCUUGUUAACAUAUGCUUUAUCUUUUUUAAACGACUUCACACACGUUAGCACCGUGUUUGAAUUCAUUUACAGCAUACGCGUAUCGGCCGAAUGCGACUGCUAGACGCAAAUACUGCAAAUGAAUCCUUUUGUUUUAGAAAAAAUUUAGCGAGCAUGUUUGUGCUCAUUUAUCCUUUUACGAGCCAGAUAUUUUGCAUAAACAAUGACAUCAUGCAAAGAUUUACUUAAAGCGAAAAAAAUUGAGAUGACCUUUUACAGUAUAAUGGAAUCAAUUUCACAUCUCGGAAAAAUGGCUCGAACUUCCGCUAAAUCGGAAAACCCUAUUUGAAACUGGCUAGUUCCACUUCGGCAGAACUUCCGCUAAAUCGGAAAACCCUAUUGAAUGUUGAUUAAAAAUCGUAAUUGGGUCUGAUUUAUGCGCAAAUGUCCGUAUUUUCGCGUUAAUGAAUGUAUCUUCGCAUUAUCGGUAGCAGUUUCACGAAACUGAUUGCUUAUUUUCUCGUAAUGAACAGCAAAAGGUGUAUAUAAUUCUUAAUGUUGUAUAAUGCUUUUAAAUUCUUACGUCAAAUAUUUCUGAAAAUUAUGGACAUAUUUUCAAAGUUGAAUAAAAUUAUUAUUAUCAUUAUUAUUAUUAUUAUUGUAUUAUUAUUAUUAUUAUUAUUAUUAUUAUUAUUAUCGCAAAGCGAAGCACAAACAUGAGUCGGCUUUUUACACCUAUUUCAAUUAAGGUUGCUUCCGUGAACCAUGUUUCAUGUCCUGCAGUGCACCAUGGUAAACCCUUUUGUGGCAGGAAGUUCAGUCUUGCUCACGUUCAUUGAAAUAAUGGACACCAUUUGUGAGAAGGCGUUCAAGAGAACUUUCAACUCAAACGGCUGCGAAAAUUCUUAACAAUGAGCGAGCUAAAGAAUUUCAUUUUUAAAAUCUCACAGCAAGAAAUUAGAAGCCUCUUCCUUUAACAACAUUAAUCGAAUAGGAUUUUACCGCCUGAUUAAGCUGCGCAGUUUUCCAUGGGCCGGAAUGCUGGCUUUUUUAAUUCAGUUUUAAAAAAAUUGCCUCAAAAAUAAAUAAACGCGUAUUAUUAACUUAUUUAUUGUAGUUCAACAAACGCCUUGGAUUUGUUUUUUGUUGUUUGUUGUUUUUGUUGUUGUUUUUUUUUUUUCAACUCCAUCCAAAAUUUUCACGUGCGCGAGCCACAUCCCAUACAAUUAUAGUAAUUUUUUUCUUAACUUAUUUAAGGUGAUAAAAAUUUACGUUAAUUGGUCUUGAAGACAAUAAUAGCCAAAUAGGAAUUUAACUUGCAUGUAGAAAACCAGCGAGUUACUGACAGCUCUUCUGAAGAUACCUCAGGGCCUUCAAAUGCCUUUAUUGUUAAAUAAUAAACAAUUAUUGGAUGAGGUUUUUGUGAUAUCCGGAAUAAUCGAGGUUGAGGUAAGUGUUAUCAGCCGAGCCAAAGGCCGAGGCUGAUAACAUUUACCGAGACCUUGAUUAUUUAGGGUAUCACAAAAACCGAAUCUAAUAAUUGUUGUAUUAUUAAUACCUUGUUUUGAAGAAAAUAACGACAAACACGCCGUCGCAAGGAACCUGAAUUAAUAUAUUUAUUGGAAAUCAUGCAUUGCGCGCGCAACCUAAAGAUUAGUGAGUUAUCUGCUAGCAGACAACUGACUAAUCUAUAGGUUGCGUUGAUUUCCAAAAUUAGCUGUAAGCUCAUAGCCAAUGAGAAGACAGAUAGUGAGUACAAUGUAUAAUAAUCAUAACUAAAGCUUGUAUCCGUCGUCGCAUUUAUGUCAAAGAAGUCUUUGUUUGUUUAUUUUCGAUUUGGUAUGGUUUGCGUACCCGCGAGAUUAUAUCGAUAACUAAUCAAUGACUAACUUGAAUGACUGAAAAUUUUGUGGCCUGUCGAUUAUUCAUCGAUUACUCAUCGAAUAUCGGAUAUAAUCAAUGACUAAUCAACUGAUUACCUAUCGAUUACCUAUUGAUUAUUCAUUGAUGUCAUUGAUGCCAUCGAUUAGUCAUGUCCUGGUUACAGGCGUGAUCACUCAGCUCCCCCACCCCCCGCACCCACUCCAUAUAUCCUGGGCAUUUGCAGGUAUUUUGUCCAUAAAAGGCUGGAACACUGCAAGUGCAAGGCUGUGAUCGAACUUGAUUCAUAAUUAUGUUUUUCCCUAAACAACCGACUUCUAGCUUGAUGGAAGAGUGUAUUCAUUUCAAAAGUGUUUCCAGGAUUUAAAGUUUGAAAUUAAUUACUUUUACUAUAAGUAUAUAAAAGGAAGCUUCUCUUUUAGCCCUGGCUAAAUCUAUUUUGUAUAUACAGUACUAAAACAGUGGAUAGUGUUUUUCGCGCGCUCUGAUUAGUUACUCAAUCAGUGAAUAUCCAAUGCUGUUCACUGAUUCACCUCCAGUUCCUCCGAGCAAGCGACGCCAAACUCGCGUAAGUCACGAGCAAAAUGGCUUCCCGGAUUGCAAAACGGUUUGAAACCGGUGAAAAAGUUUUUUGUUUACAAAUGCAAAUUAAGCUUAAGUCUUGCGUUACUUUAUUUAGCUGACUUGUUCAUAAAUAAGCUUAAAACUAAAUUUAAUAAUCUUUUUUUACAGAAUGAUUUUAAAUACAAAAAGAAAUGGCAACUCCUUUUGAAGAACUUUCCCUGCAAGAGCUAAACUAAAGCGACGGCCGCGGCCGUUCGGCCAUUGCGCGCCAAAAUUGUGAUCGUUGGCAACAGUAAAUGAGUUAAAAAUCAUCAUUUUUGUGCUCAAUUUAUCUCACUGUUUUAGUAUGUUCUAAAACAAUUAUUCACCUCAGGGCUUUAGGGCUUUUUAUGGUUUAGCCGUCAUUAGUAUAAUUCGAUUGUAUGAUCUUAAUAUCUCUGCAUAAUGGAAUUCUUUAUUUUAUAUAAUUUUAAACUUUUAUUAUUAAUUAUAACUAUUUCCUCUUCUUUUAUGUAAGGUUAAGUUACUUCUAUUUUUUUAGAAUUUGUAAAUGAAUAGUUUCUUUCUUCACUUAUUAAUGAAGGCCGAGGGGUUUCUUUUGUAACGGAUGGAAUUGUAGAUAGUGUUUUGAUGAAUUAAUUAGAUUUUUUGUAACAGCAGGUUGAUUGUUGUUGAUUGUGGUUAAUUGAGGUUUUGUAAUGAAGAUUUUAAUUAUUCACCUCAGUGUCGGUGGCUAGCGGUGGUGAUUUACCUCGCCGCUCCGCACCUCGGUAAAUUACCACCACCACUAGCCACCUUCACUUCGGUGAAUAAUUGUUAUAUAUUACUCUUUGUUGUCCCUCCAAACUUUUGCAUAACCAUUGUUUUCGAUUUCUCUUAGGACUUACUCUAUCGUCCCAAGAGAAACAAUGCUUAAUCGGCAAAAUUUUGGAAAAUAGCAUUUUUAAAAAAUGGUACCUUGAAGAAGGCCUAUUGCUGAUAAGUGAAUGAUAAAAUCUUCUUUCAGCCGUUGUCUAUGGGAAGGGCGUAUACUUUGCUCGAGAUGCGUCCUAUUCCACACAAUUACGAUAUUCUCCAGCAGAUGCAAAUGGCGACCGCUAUAUGUACCUUGCUCGUGUUCUGGUGGGUGAAUAUGCGGCUGGACGAAAGGAAAUGAUAACUCCUCCACCCAGAGGAAGCGACGCUACUGAUGCAUACGACAGUGUUGUAGACAACACCUCAGAUCCAAGCAUAUUUGUUGUCUUUUAUGAUAGCCAGUCCUACCCAGAUUAUCUCGUUACUUUUAAAUAA